AUGGUCGUGGGAGGGUAUACUCUGAACGUAGUUAGUGUUUAUGCGCCUCAGGUGGGUUUGAACGAGGAGGUUAAAAGACGCUUCUGGGAAGAUUUGGAUGGGUUGGUGCGGGGUAUACCGUCCACCGAGAAGCUUAUUAUAGGGGGUGAUUUUAACGGCCACAUUGUGAGGUCGCCUGGGGGAUAUGAUGAUGUGCAUGGUGACUUCGAUUUUGGAGAUAGAAAUGGUGGAGGUACUUCGCUGCUGGAGUACGCCAAAGCUUUUGAGCUGGUGAUCGCUAACUCGUAUUACCCGAAGAAGGCGGAGCACCUGAUAACUUUUCGGAGUGCGGUGGCCAAGACCCAGAUUGAUUAUCUACUUCUCCGAAAAUGUGAUAGAGGUUUAUGCACGGAUUGCAAGAUCAUCCCGAGUGAGAAUCUUACGACCCAGCAUAUGCUUUUGAUUAUGGACUUAGAGAUCAGGUGGACGAGGAAGAAGAGGGCUAUGUCUGGUAUACCUAGGGUCAGGUGGGGUGCAUUAACUAAGGACAAGGCCCAGGAGUUGGGGGAGAAGUUGUUGGCUAUAGGGGCCUGGAGGAGUAGCGGGGAUGCGAGUUGGGACUGGUGGUGGAACGAAGAGGUUCAGAGGAAAGUGGAAGCCAAGAAAGCUGCAUAUUUGAAGCUAGUAGAGAGUAUCGACGAGGGGCAGAAGAGUGCUAACAGGGAGGGGUAUAAGAAGGCUAGGAAGGAGGCGAAGUUGGCGGUUACUAAGGCUAAGACCGCCGCGUUUAGUCGUCUAUACGAAGAAAUUGGGGAUAAAGGCGGGGACAUGAAGUUGUACAGACUAGCGAAGGUGAGGGAGCGGAAGGCCCGGGAUCUGGACCAAGUGAGAUGCAUAAAAGAUGAGGAGGGAAGAGUUUUAUUGGAGGGCGCACAGAUUAGGCAGAGAUGGCAGUCUUACUUUCAUAGGCUCUUGAAUGAAGAGGGAGAUAGGGGCAUUGUGCUGGGGGAGUUGGAGUACUCGGAGCGGCAGCGAGAUUUUGGGUACUGUAGACGUAUACGAGUAGGGGAGGUUGUAGGGGCUAUGCGCAGGAUGAGUAGGGGUAGAGCGACGGGACCGAAUGAGAUCCCGAUGGAAUUCUGGAAGAGCGUGGAUAAGGAGGGCUUGGAAUGGCUUGCUGGGUUGUUUAACGACAUUUUUAGGACGAAAAAGAUGCCCGAAGAAUGGAGGCAGAGUACGAUGAUCCCACUAUACAAGAAUAAGGGGGAUGUCCAAAACUGCAACAACUAUAGGGGUAUCAAGUUGUUAAGCCAUACGAUGAAAGUGUGGGAAAGGGUGAUUGAAGGGAGGUUGAGGAGAAAGACCACUUUAUGCAUAUCCCUUGAUCUCCUUCAGGUCCCGCAAUUCCAGGGAUCAGCACUUAGCCCCGUUUUUGUUUUUCCCCUGGCGUUGGAUUCUUUGACACGUCACAUUUCAGGGGAGGUGGCCUUGGUGGCUUGCUAUUUAACGGAUGACCUAGUCCUGAUUGAUGAGACGCGAGGUGGCGUUAAACGAGAAGCUGGAGGUCUGGAGACAUUCGCCUGGAAUUUAAGGGUUUCAAAGUUGAUCAGGACCAAAAGACAGAAUACUUGGAAGUGCAAGUUUCACAGCGGUGUUACCCACGGAGGCGGGACGGGGAUGUGGAAACUCGAUACGCAAGUCAUUUUCCAGGAGAGAAGAGUUUCAAGUAUUGGGAUACUAUCAUUCAGAAGGAUGGGGGAGGAUAGAUGA